AUGUGCGUCGGCUUCUGGUCCCUCGAGCAUCCCGAGUACGCACUCAUCCUAUGCAGUAAUCGGGAUGAAUUCCUGUCUCGGCCCACCUCGCCUGCCCAUUGGCACGCGUUCGGGCCAAUCAGCGCCGUCGAUAACACCGAAGGGCCCGUCCUCUCAGGUCGAGACCUCCUCGCCGGUGGGACAUGGGCAGGGCUCAAUCGCAGUGGCCGACUUGCUCUGCUCACGAACAUUACGGAAGCACCACGGAAGUAUGCCUCAACCCGCGGAGACCUCACUUCCUCGUUCUUGCUUCCAAAGGACCCGAAGGCGACGCUCGAGGCCGAGAUCGACGAAUUUCUGCUCGAGAACCGCGAUCGCGCCUAUGCGGGGUUCAAUCUGCUCCUCCUGAGCCCCGCGCCUGCGCGCGGCGAUUCCGGCCCAAGUGCGCUCGCGCUCGACGGCGCACUAGCAACGAACUCGGGCGGUGGUGGCCCGAUCACAGCCCGCAUGCUCUCAAAGGAGGAACGCGAGUGCGGCGGGAUGUCGAACGGCGUCGACCAUCACGGCGCGAGCGAGUGGCCCAAGGUCAAGCACGGCAUCCAGACGUUGGCGGCGGUUCUCAAUUCAUUGCCACAAGACGCUACAGAGGCCGAGAUCGUGGAGCGAUUGUUCGCGCUUUUGACCUGGAAAAGCGAGCACGCCCCCGUCGACCGCUCCGAGCUGCGGAACACGAUUAUGGUAGAUCCCCUGCCCAUCGGCGCACGCGAGUCACCAGACACGCCGCCUCCUAAUUAUUACGGCACGCGAUUGUCCACGGUAAUCCUGAUCCGGCGGGACGGAACCGCGUUAUUCAUCGAGCGGGACGUCUGGACUCGCAGCGACGACGGCCGCGUAGCGCGAGGAGAUCCGGGACGCGACCGCGUCUUCCGCUUCCAGAUCGAACGGGACGGGCUCGACGCCUGA